AUGGACCUAAGAAAUAUUUCUAUACAAACCAAUUCAGGUACGCUAAAAACAUCAGCUCUCUGGAUUGAAGCGGCGACCCAAAUUUUCUUCAGUUAUGGUCUUGGAUUAGGAGUUCUUGUGGCAUUAGGUAGUUACAAUAAACAGCGUACGAAUUGCUACAGAGAUACACUCCUGUUAGCAGUAUUCAAUGAAGCAACAUGUUUGAUCAGUGGAUUGGUUAUAUUUUCUGUCAUUGGGUUUUUAGCUAAAACAGAAGGCAAAGCGAUUAAUGAAGUAGCUGAAUCAGGUCCAGGUUUAGCAUUUGUUGUUUAUCCAGCUGCUGUUGCUCAACUACCGUUUUCACGCCUUUGGUCAGUCUUAUUUUUCGUUAUGCUCAUCUUCAUCGGUCUUGAUAGUCAGUUUGUUGCGUUGGAAGGUUUCAUUACAGCAUUUGUCGACGAAUGGUUAGUCUUUCGUCGUCAUAAAAAACUUUUUAUAGCUGUGUAUUGUGCCAUCUCAUAUGUAAUAGGUUUAUCAACAGUCACACAAGGUGGAAUGUACGUCUUCAAGAUUUUUGACUAUUACUCAGCGAGUGGUUGGUGUUUGCUUAUUGUACUGUUCUUUGAGUGUAUCGGUGUCUCAUGGUUCUAUGGUGCUGAUCGUUUUUACGAAGAUAUCAAUAAGAUGAUUGGCUAUUAUCCUAAUCAAUUUUGGAAAUGGUGUUGGAAAGUACUGACUCCUCUAUUAUGUAUGAGUAUAGCUAUUUUCAGUCUCGUGAAAUAUGAACCAGUUACUUACAAAAAAUACCGAUUUCCGAAAUGGGCUGAAUGUUUAGGUUGGUCUAUUGCUUUGUCAUCGAUUGUUGCUAUUCCUAUUUAUGCAAUUGUAUUUUUUGCAAGACAAACAGGGACACUGAAGGAACGAUGGAAUACAGCUAUACGAUCAACACUCAACCGCAGUGAACAAAAUGAAUCUAUGUUAUAUGGAGAAAGUGCUGCCUUGAAUGAUGAUUCAUUUUCUUGA